GACCUCAGUGGGAAAGCAGUGUUUUCUUGAGCCAUGAAGGAACAUUUUAACUUAAGGUUUUAAACCUCCUGACAUUCCUGCUGUCCUCAAAUCUCCCUGUGUGCAGACCUGAGACCUGGUCGUCAGGGCUCUGUGAGGACUGACUGGACCAGACCAUACAAAUAGCCCUGAGCAGCUGUCAUAGCUGUUUAAACCCACCCGACCUGCUGGAGUUCAACUUCAGCACAGACCUGUUUCCUUUGUGGCCCCGGGGCCAUAAUGUGACAACUCCAGCAUGUUUGGCAUCCCAACCUGACCUACCACACUGCCCCCCCAACCUCAUUUUGAGGCAUAAAAGCAGGCACCUUCCCAGCAGCUCUUCACUCUCUGCUCAGAGCCGACGACCAGCCGACCCUCAGCCAUGACCUCCUUCUCCAGCCGCAGCAGCUACAUGUCCUCCCCCGUGAGGAGCUCCGUCAUGAUGGCCCCCUCCAUGUCCUCCUCGUCCCGCCUGGGGAGCAUGAGGGCCGGCAGCGUGUAUGGAGGAGCUGGAGGAUCUGGAGUCCGUAUCUCCAUGUCCUCCUCCUCCUCCUCCAGUGCUGGCGGUGCCUUCAAGCUGAGCGACGCCAUGGACGUCUCUGUCAGCGAGAAGGCCACCAUGCAGAACCUCAACACCCGCCUGGCCACCUACCUGGAGAAGGUGCGCAGCCUGGAGAAGGCCAACGCCGAGCUGGAGCUGAAGAUCAGAAAGUUCCUGGAGAGCAAAGCUGCGCCGGAGGCUCACAACUACAGCAGCUUCAACGUCCAGAUCAAAGACCUGCAGGACCAGAUCAAAUUGGCUGCUUGUGGAAACGCCGCACUCGUCCUCGCCAUCGACAACGCCAACCUGGCCAGCGACGACUUCAAAGUCAAGUACGAGAACGAGUUGACCAUGCGUCAGACGGUGGACGCCGACAUUGCAGGGGUGAAGAGGGUCCUGGACGAGCUGACUCUGAGCCGGACCGACCUGGAGAUGCAGAUCGAGGGGCUGAAGGAGGAGCUGAUCUUCCUCAAGAAGAACCACGAGGAGGACCUGCUGGCUCUGCGGGCCCAGGUGGGAGGUCAGGUGAACGUGGAGGUGGAUGCCGCUCCUCAGCAGGAUCUGUCCGCCAUCAUGGCCUCAAUCAGAGAACACUACGAGACCGUUGCUGCUAAAAACCAAAGAGACCUGGAGUCCUGGUUCCAGGCCAAGACAGCUGAGCUGACCAAAGAGGUGGCUGUGAGCACUGAGACCCUGCAGACGUCCAAAUCUGAGGUCGGAGAGGUCCGACAAAUUCUUCAGAGUCUGGAGAUCAAACUUCAGGCUCGGAACAGCAAGAAAGGAGCACUGGAGGCGACUCUGGCUGAGACCAAAACCCGCUACGCCAACAUACUGGUAGGUUACCAGAGGCAGGUGGGGGCUCUGGAGGAGCACCUGGAACAGCUGAGGACCGACCUGGGGAACCAGAGGAUCCAGUACACAGAACUGCUGGACAUCAAGACCAGACUGGAGCUGGAGAUCGCCGAGUACAGGAGGCUGCUGGAUGGGGAGACUGAGAGCACCUCCACCACCACCAAGACCACCAAGGUCAUCACCAUAGUGCAGGAAGUGGACAGCUCUGGAAAUAUGGUGACCAGCAGCAGCAAAUAAAACAGGAAACACCCCUGACCAAUCAGAUGCUGUGAACC